CGUGACUUGAUCUUCGCCACAUUCCGAGCAAUGAAUAAGGAUUGUCCACAAGUAAUAUGUGCCCAGCUACUGAGUACAGUGUUCGAUGAUCGACAGGAUAGCUUACAUCCUGUAUCUUGAUAUCAAUCCUCCAACCCGCCGAUCCCUUCCCCAACCUAAUCCUUCACCAUCACCACCAUCUAUACCCCAGACCAGACCCCAGACCCCACACUCCAACACCACCGACACAUAAAAUGCCCCCCACCGCAAAAAGACUUACAACCUUCAUCCGCGCCCAAGAAUCCCUCUACGGCCCCAUAACCACCAUCCCCGACCCCUCACAAUGGACCCCGCCCGCGCAGUCCGGCGGCCACCUCGGCCGCUACCUCUGGACCGACGCCUUCGGCGUCCUCAACUUCCUCACCCUGCACCGCGAAACCAGCCUCCACCAGCCCCCACCCCCCCAGAAAGACCACUACCUCACCCUCGCAACGACCCUAAUAGCCGCCGUCCACCGCACGCUCGGCACCACGCGCUCCUCGCCGCCAACCCCCCUCCCGCACGCCACGCCCACCAACCCCCUCGCCGGCGGCCUGCGCAUCGGCAAACCCCACGCCCACGGGCCCGACGGCGACGGCCAGUACCACCAUUACCUGACGCUGUGGAUGUUCGCGCUGAACCGGACGGCGGUGGCCACGGGCGACAGAACGUGGAACGAUCAGGCGGUCGCGCUGGCGCGGGCGAUUCAUCCGCACUUUGUGCGCGGCGGCGGCGGCGGCAGCGGCAGCGGCAGCGGUAGCGGCAGCGGUAGCGGCCAGCACCAGCAACCAAAGAUGGUGUGGAAAAUGGACGUCAACCUGGAACAGGUGCUGGUGGCGUCGGAGGGGAACCUUGAUCCCGUGGAUGGGUGGGUGGUGUUUCGGUUGCUGCGGGCGACGGAUCGGUGGUUUCGGCGGCGGGAUCUCCAGGAACAGGAACCAGACGACAGGUUGUUGGAGGGCGAGAUUGAGGAUUAUCGGAGGAUCCUCCAACGGAAGGGGGAGGGGUUCGUCUCGCAUGAUCCCUUGGAUCUGGGGAUGGCGAUGUGGACGGCGCAUUGGUUUGCCGACACUAAAGGGGAGGAGUGGGCGGGGAGGCUGGCGGGGGAUUGUUUGGGGACGGUUGAUGACUUGUUCGAGAGACGACACUAUCUCGACCGGGACCUCCGCUCGCGGUUGGCCUUCCGUGAGUUCGGGACGUGUCUGGGCCUCCGAUGCAUGGCGGAGCAGUCGUCCGAUAAAGACCGCGCGGUCGAGCUGAAGAGUUACGCGGAGCGGAUUGUCGAGUGCUGGGAUCCGUACGUCUGGAUGGAGACGGGUCGCAAUGCGACGCCGGAGGAGUUGCGGCCCAUCACGCGGGUCAUGUAUGCCGCCGCGUUGAUUCCCGGAGCAUUUUGUCGCGGCUAUUUCGGACCGGAACCCGUAGCUUGACUGGUUAAACAACCAGAGAGUAAGAUAAUUCGCAACAGAUAAUUACCUGAUGCGUUGAGGUAAGC